CGCAGUGAAGGAAGACGCGCUGCGCGUGACGCGAAUCACAUGACUCCUGUCAACAUCCAGCAUGGCGGACGCGGACAGCCAGAGAUGUGUGAGCGCUUUAUUGAACGGAAUCACGCAGAGACUUUAUUACGGUAAUACCGAAAUCACGGAGGAGUUUCUGAAGAAUGAGCUGUACGCUGAGAUGACCCAGGACGAGUUCCGCGCGCUACAUGACAAGAUGAGGUCGCUUCUGAAGUCCAUCGCUUCAGCAGACAUGGAUCAGGCACAGCUGGAAGCGUUCCUCACGGCGCAGACGCGUAAGCAGGGCGGCAGCGGUGUGACUCCGGAGCAGGCGGCCGCUCUGGCGCGCUUCUGGAAGGCCCAUCGGACGCGGGUACGAGAGAGUCUGCUGGCUCAGAGUCGCUGGGAGCCCGGCCUCCGGGGCCUGAAGUGGAGGGUGGACCUGCACACGUCUGCCAGCAGGGGGCAGGUGUCCAACAGCCCCGUGGCCCUGGUGGAGCUAGAGCUCGGCCGCACCGGAGAGAACUCUGAGUUUGUGAGUUUGGAGUUUGAUGAGCAGAAGGUGAAUCUGGUGCUGAAGAAGAUGGCAGAACUUCAGGAGAGCAUCGACAGUGUGGUGCACCGCAGCUAGAGCUGAUCUGCCUCUUUAUAGGUGUGUGUCUGUGAGAGAGAGAGAGAGAGAGAGAGAGAGUGAGGGAAUGUUUGUUUUAUAUGCUGUAUUGUCAUAAAGUUAUAUUCAUCAUAAAUAACCAUUGUCAAACCUUAAACUUGGAUAUCUGUGAGUUUGUUGUUUUUUUGUUUUUUUUAAUUCAUGAUUAUUUCCUCAUACAGGAUUUCAGGUUCUGUAUUCAGUGUUAGUUUUAUAGUUUAUAGUUCAUAGUUUAUUUAUAAUCCUGAAGUACUAACGAGUAUUAAAGGAAUAGUUCACCCAAAAAUGAAUAUUUGCUUUAAAUCUACUCACCCUCAGGCCAUCCGAGAUGCAGAU